GUGUGUGUGUGUGUGUGAGAGAGAGAGAAAGAGGUGUGAACUGUCAGACGAGAGGACUCGAUACCGAUGCGCUUGAAAGGAGUGAAGCAAAACCGCUUGUUGCGCUAUAAUUUUACACAAGAAGACGGCAGGAAAUAUAGUUUUUUGUUGUUGUUGUUGUGAUAUUUACUACCUAAUAUAGAUCUUUCGACGAAGCAUAGGAGUGCAAUAACAGGCUAUAACCUCUGUCUUGCCAGGCCAUUACUCAUGCAUUGUUGUAAGCUAACUGGGUAGCUUUGACUUAAGGGAUUGUUCCAUAACCUGAAAAACAAAUCGCUUCCCUUUUUUGAAGAGGAAGAAGAGGAGGCGGGGACCGCAUAGCUUCUUCUGUAUUUCAUUUGUCUGGGGUCUGGGUUUUUUUAUUCUGCAAACGGAGCUUAUCUGAAUCAGGCUACUUCGUCUAUCUUCAUAUUAGGACGACAGCGGCGGGUGUCGGAGAGGUGUGUGAGGAAGAGGAAGAGACAGGAAUGAUGAUGAUUGGUAAAUCGGUAAAAGACAUUGACAGAUAUCAAACUGUCCUCACUUCGCUACUGUCACUCGAGGAGAACAAAUUCUGCGCGGAUUGUAAAUCCAAAGGUCCCAGAUGGGCGUCAUGGAACCUGGGUAUAUUCAUCUGUAUCCGCUGUGCUGGGAUCCACAGGAACCUGGGCGUCCACAUCUCCAGGGUCAAGUCUGUCAACCUGGACCAAUGGACACAGGAACAGAUACAGUGUGUUCAGGAGAUGGGGAAUGCCAAGGCCAGACGACUCUAUGAAGCUUUCCUACCAGAAUGUUUCAUACGACCAGAGACUGACCAGUCAGCAGAGAUGUUCAUCAGGGACAAAUAUGAGAAGAAGAAGUACAUGGACAAGAUCCUAGAUGUCAACAGGCUUAGAAAAGAGAAGAGCUGUGAAAACAUCCCCAAGGAGCCAGUGGUGUUUGAGAAGAUGAAGUUGAAGAGAGAAAACAGCCCAAAGACACAGACCCAGUCUCCGUCUAUCUCAGACCUCCUAGGACUUGAUGAUCCUGCUCCCCAUGCUGCUAUAUCCAAUGGUAGGUCCAGCUCUGGAGAGAGGGGGAGUCCUCUGGUAGCUAAGCCAGCUACGGUGCACUCUGACCUGAAUCUAUUCAGCUCUCUGCCUGCCUCUUCCUCCACCAACACCACGCCGGUGGGUAGCUCCAUGCCCAGGGGUUGUGUGGCCACGUCGGUACCCGAGAACCUCAGCCUGUUCCUGGACUCAGCACCCAGACAGGAGGGCUCUAGGACAAAGAUGUCUAAGGACUCCAUCCUCUCCCUCUAUGCAACCACACCCACAUCGCACCAGAACCUAGCUGCACGGGCUGGCCUGUACAUGAACCCAGCCCAGCUGGGCUACUACGGAUCAUACCAUUCCCUGGCCACGGAGGGGGGAGCGAUGGGAGGAGCCAUGGUGACAUCACACUCAAUGAUGGCCCUGAGUGGUCAGCAGCAGAACGGCAUGAUGGGAGGGCAACAGCAAAGUGUUAUGCGAGCUCAGCAGAAUGGAAUGGUGGCGGCACAACAGAAUGGCUUUAUGGCUCAACAGGGUGUCAUGGGGCAAGCAGUCAACACAUCCCCGUUCAUGGCAGGAGUGCCACACAGCAUGAUAAAUCAUCAGCAAAGCAUUAUGGGAGCUCAGCAGAGUGUUAUGAUGGGAGCUCAGCAGAACGGCAUGAUGGGAGCUCAGCAGUGCGGCAUGAUGGGAGUUCAGCAGAGCGGCAUGAUGGGAGCUCAGCAGAGCGGCAUGAUGGGAGCUCAGCAGAGAGGCAUGAUGGGCGCUCAGCAGAGAGGCAUGAUGGGCGCUCAGCAGAACGGCAUGAUGGGAGCUCAGCAGAGCGGCAUGAUGGGAGCUCAUCAGAGCGGCAUGAUGGGAUCUCAGCAGAGCGGCAUGAUGGGAGCUCAGCAGUGCGGCAUGAUGGGAUCUCAGCAGAGCGGCAUGAUGGGAGUGCAACAUAACGGCAUCAUGGGAGCACAGCAACAAAGCAUCAUUGGACGUCAACAGAAAGGCAUGACAUGCGGAGUGGCGUCCGUGCCUCAGCAGGUACAGCAGGAUCAGUGCGCCAUCACUCAGAUGACCCAGCACAUGGCGGGGGUGAACUUCUACGGCACCAACGCCAUGACGGGAUACGGCAGUCAGCACAUCGGCGGACCAAAGACUCAAAGCUCCAACCACAUGACGACGUCUCACGUCUGGAAGUGAUGUCAUCACCCGAAGAGGAAGUUGAUGUCACUGAGCAGCAGUGGUGCUUGGGAAGGUUUCGGGGGAGUUUUCGAAUGAACUUUCCAUCAGACAUUUUAGAUAACAUGGGAGGAGGAUGAGGAAGAGAAGUAGGGUGGGUAGUUUACUUAGGCGCGUUUUCGAUCUCUCCUCUCCUCUCCUCUCCUCUCCUUAUUUCAGAGCCAUUUCCAUGCUUGCCUUCAGAUCAUUCUACGACCAAUCAAAGGACAGGGCUCAGAGUUGAAGACAUCACAGAGGUCAUACUGAACUGGGACCACAGCAUAGAAUACAUCUCAUAUCCAGUGUGCGUGUGUGCGUGUGUGUGUGUGGGGGGGGGGGGGGGGGGGGGGUUGUGUGUAUCAGCCUUUAUUCCUGAAGAACUCAUCCAACUGAACUAUUCCUGAAGAACUCAUCCAACUGAACUAUUCCUGAAGAACUCAUCCAACUGAACUAUUCCUGAAGAACUCAUCCAACUGAACUAUUCCUGAAGAACUCAUCCAACUGAACUAUUCCUGAAGAACUCAUCCAACUGAACUAUUCCUGAAGAACUCAUCCAACUGAACUAUUCCCGAAGAACUCAUCCAACUGAACUAUUCCCGAAGAACUCAUCCAACUGAACUAUUCCUAAAGAACUCAUCCAACUGAACUAUUCCUGAACUCUUCCUGAAGAACAUCCAACUGAACUAUUCCUGAAGAACUCAUCCAACUGAACUAUUCCUGAAGAACUCAUCCAACUGAACUAUUCCCAAAGAACUCAUCCAACUGAACUAUUCCCGAAGAACUCAUCCAACUGAACUAUUCCCGAAGAACUCAUCCAACUGAACUAUUCCUGAAGAACUCAUCCAACUGAACUAUUCCUGAUGAACUCAUCUAACUGAACUAUUCCUGAACUAUUCUGGAAGAACUCCUCCAACUGAACUAUUCCUGAAACUCAUCCAACUGAACUAUUUCUGAUGAACUCAUCCAACUAAACUAUUCCUGAAGAACUCCUCUAACUAUUCCUGAAAAACUCAUCCAACUAAUCUAUUCCUGGUUUGAAACAGACUUCAGUUAGUUUAGUCUCCACCCUAGUUUGAAUAGAUCUGGGAUGUAUUCCAAAUGGCACUAUAUUCCCUUUAUAGGGCACUACUUUAGACCAGGGUCUAUAGGGAUCUGCUAAAAAGUAGUGAACUAUAUAGGUAAUGGAUUCUUAGUCAAUUGUCCUUUAAACAACGACCGGCUAAUCAGAAACCAAAGAUGACAGGAGAGCUUUAUUAUGGCUAGUAAUUGCUAGGGCAGAUGUGUUGGGUAUUGUAUUGCUAUUGUACUAAACGAUUAGCAUACUAGUGAUUUAUACAAUAUUAGUUACUUUCAAACAUGUAGAGGACAUUUAAAGCAGUGCGAUAUAUACAUCACCAGUCAAAAGGUUCACAACACCGCCUCAUUCAAGAGUUUUUCUUUAUUUGUACUAUUUUUUACAUUGUAGAAUAAUAGUGAAGACAUCAACACUAUGAAAUAACACAUAUGGA